AUUUUUUUAUUUUAGAAAAAUAAGUUAGUACCUGUUUAACGACUUCGUAUCCUGAAUCAACCACCAGCUUCCUGAACCCUAAUUCAUCACACGCGCCACCGUCAUCCUCUUCUCCGGCCGGUAACAUGGUGCGUCGAAAACGGGGACAUCUUCCACCGGAAAGUUCAAGCUGUAAUUAUCAGUCAAAGCGAAGAAAACAUUCUCGGUUCGAAUAUUCCAGCUCUAAUCACGAAUUAUCUUCUUCUUCUAGAAAAUGGGUUUUCUCUUCCGAAGAUUGUUCUGACUGCAAAGGUCAGAAAGAUACGAUUGUAGUUGUUUCAUACAAUAUACUUGGUGUUGAAAAUGCAUCAAAUCAUUUGGAUUUGUAUUCUAAUAUCCCACGCCGCUUCUUGGAUUGGGGUAGACGUAAGAAGCUUAUACUUGAAGAGGUCAAUAGCUAUAGUGCAAGCAUACUCUGUUUCCAGGAGGUUGAUCAUUUUGAUGAUUUGGAUAAUCUUUUUCAGAAAAAUGGCUUUAAAAGUGUUUACAAGCCUCGCACAGGGGAAGCAAAUGAUGGAUGUGCUAUAUUUUGGAAAGACAAAUUAUUCAAUCUUUUGCAUCACGAAGAUUUAGAGUUCCAGAAAUUUAGUAUGCGUAAUAAUGUUGCUCAACUUUGUGUUUUGGAGGUAAACAAUGAUAAUUCAGAAUCUGACACAAGUAAACUAACAGCAGAGGAACAAUCAACAAAAAACAAAAGAUUUGUAAUAGGAAAUAUACACGUGCUUUUUAACCCUAACCGUGGUGACAUUAAACUUGGCCAGGUCAGACUUUUAAUUGAUAAUGCUUACAAGUUAUCACAAAAAUGGGGCAACAUCCCUGUUAUUUUAGCUGGGGAUAUGAACAGUCUUCCACAGAGUGCAAUAUAUAAAUUUCUGUCUUCAUCCAAGUUAGACAUUCAAUUACAUGAUCGCAGAAAUAUGUCAGGACAGCUUGAAAUCCGGCCCAAUAACAGAGUAUUCCAAUCGAAGAUUGGUGAUGAUGCUAGCAUUUCAAUGUCGGUUUCAAGGCAACUGCUACCCAAAUGGAGUGCGGAAGAACUAAUCCUUGCAACUGGGGCAAAAGGAGUCACUCGUCUUCAGCACCAACUCAAGCUCCGCAGUGCUUAUAGCGGUGUUCCUGGAAAGCAUAGAACAAGAGAUGAUAUUGGGGAGCCCUUGGCAACGUCAUACCACUCUAAGUUCAUGGGAACUGUUGAUUAUAUCUGGCAUUCCGAGGAACUUAUCCCGAUCAGAGUUCUUGAAACCUUGCCCGUUGAUGUUCUUAGAAGAACUAGAGGACUCCCUAACGAGAAAUGGGGAAGUGAUCACCUCGCCAUUGUAUGUGAAUUGGCCUUUGCAAAACGUGAUGAAAGUUCCGAUUCUUGUGAUCUUCCCUAGAGUAUGCAUGCAGAGCCUUAAGCUGAUUGACAAGUAUGGAAAUUGAGGAGUUGUUGGAGCAUUUUCAGUUUCAAGACCUGUUCUUGAACUGCUCAUUUCCUCAUCAUGAAACCAAACUUUGAAUUGCUCCUGAUAUUUCGAAACAAUGCAACAAUGCAAAUUGCAAACUCUCCUUGUGAACAUGCUAGGUAACAUCCUGUUGUGAGGUUCAGAGAAUAGUUGGUAUAUAUCCAAAAUAACUUAUUGUUUCUGAGAAUAAUUCAUAUCAUUAACACUAUUCUUUUGUAAGGUUUUGUCAAUAAUUGCAGCACCUUUAGGUAGGAACUUAGAACUGUAUUCAACAUAAGUUAUUUCAAUUAUUUAUCAAUCCAUGAUAGUUGUUUCUAGCAGACUUUUUGGA